GUGCGUUUCCAGUGUGCCAUGGCAUGGACAAAGGGUGCCAGAUGGAUCUGUCUUUCACCAAGCAUUUGGAUCAGCUCAUUGACCGUCUCAAAUCCGAAUUGGUGCAACACUACGAGAAAGAUGUAGCUUCCAAGGACAAGGCUUCUUCACCUGAGGUCCCGCAUGGCUCCCCGCAUAUUCUGCGCCUCGCGGGGAGCAAGUCCCUGCUCGGCGACUGGAGAGCCCGUACUCCGAAGUCGCUUCUGAAUCGGAGGACUAUCCCCAUGGAUUCGGACGGCUCAAGCGAAGAGCUUGAACCGGUCCCCGGAGUUCAGCGUCGCUUACAUUCCAAGUCUGCGAUGUCGGAUGACUCCGAGGCCACAGCGGAUUCGGUGGAGCUCAAAACGCCCGUAUCGCGACCCAAGCGACCCAGCAGACAGGAGGUCUUGCGUAUUGCGGCGUUGCCCACCUUGCCGCGGCCACUGGAACCAAAGACGCCACCGUUUUCGCCUGCCACGGCACCUGCCACGGCGCCCAAGAUGCUUCUUCCGGCGAAGGUGGCUCCGACGAUGUCCGAGACCAGCUCGCAGCUAGAGGCGGUGGCAAGUUUGCGGAUCCCCGGUGGUAUAGAGGCGCCUGGCUCCGAGGAUUCCGCCUCGGACACCACCAGCCAAGCGCCCUCCGCAGCCUCGGCGCGCGGCGCGCCCGCGCCCAGCCGACCCAGCGCCAACGCCGCGCGCCGCGGCAGCGUGGCGCCCGCGGCAGCCAGCCCCGUGAACUCGGCGCGGGGGGUGAACUCCGCCAGGGGAAGCAACAACGGGGACCCGCAACGCGGCGACAAGUACGAGCAGCUCGAGUUCCUCUGCCAGUUUUGCAAGUUCCAGCGAAACUUGGACGAGAACGCACCCAAAGUGGCCUUGCCAAACAGUCGCUUGCAAAUGAAGAGACCCAGCAAUGCUUCGGUGUCCUUAUUUUUCCGACGAGAACCUGCCGUCUCGCGAGUUUGGCUCUUCCUCCAGGACCCAGAUUCCAGUAAUGCCGCCUGGUACUACGCCAAUUUCUCCAAUUACUUCAUCACGAUGACGAUCAUCUUCACCAUUUGGCAAGCGGCCUCAGAACCGCCGGUGUCGCGCUUCGCCGAGGGGGUGGCCCAGAUCACCAUCGAGGGGCUCAUGCUGUUGGAAUUCAUCAUCCAUUGGAUCUCAAGCGCCCAAAGACUGGCGUUCCUGAAGAACGCCUACAACGUCCUGGACCUCUUGGCCAUCGUCCCUCUGGGCUUCCGCAUCGCCUACGGUAUCGCCACCCCCACGGUGGACGAGAACCUGGCGGUGCACGCGCUGCUGUGCUGCUUCGUUCCGGUGGUAAGGCAACUGAAACUGAUCCGAAAGUUCCAGAAGCUGCAGCUUCUACUGCACGUACUGUCGACGACUUUCGAUGCUCUGAAGCUUUUGCUGUUCUUAGUUUGUUUGAUUGUUCUCUUCUUCGGAUGCAUCCUUUACGUUUUGGAGCCAGCACAGAGCAACCAGUCCCUGUCGGAAUCGAUCUAUCUCUGUACUGUGACGGUCACCACCGUGGGCACCUGUGAUAUGGCCCCAGUAACCUGGCCCGGGAAGAUUCUGGCGGGUGUUCUUUGUCUCAUCAGCGUUCUCUUCAUGGCAAUGCCUCUCUCUGUUCUGGGCAAUGCAAUGUCCAAUACCUGGGCCGACCGGCACCGAAUUCUCCUGAUGACGCAGACCCGUCGAAGGUUAAAGAAUUUGGGCUACACGGCAGAAGACAUGCCAAAGCUCUUUAAGAAGUUUGACAAAGAUGGCAACGGCGAUUUGGAAAUGGAAGAGUUCUGUGACUUGGUGGCUACGAUGAGGGUUGGCAUCAAACCCUCGGAGGCGUCCGAACUCUUCAUGGCCUUUGAUUCAAAUGGAGAUGGAGGAAUCAGCGAAAUGGAAUUCAUGAAGGCCUUGUUCCCCUUGGAUUAUCGCCGCAUCUACCGACGGAUGUCCGGCAUGACCUUCGGCGUGCCUCCAGCAGUUGGGCCAACUUUGGCGAACAGGUAUGGCACCAGAACCGUGGCUCGAAGGGCGACCAAGACCUCCAAAUCCAUGAGCUCGGAACAGUGGACUCCGCUGCCCGGGCCCACGGCCGUGCCCUUUCUGGGCGCCCUAUCAGUGAUUUGGGCCCUGAUCCGUGGCAAGUCGUUGUUGCAGGUGCUUAGCGAACAACGGAGAAAGCAUGGGCCCAUCUUCCUCUUGAAGCUGGGACCCUCCAAACAAGUCUGGGUGAGUCCUGAAAAGUUGAGCAAAGUCUAUGAGCUGCCGCAGUGUGCGGGGCGCCCUGCGAGUUUCAAAGAUCCCUUUGGCGACUUUCUGUUUCUGGUGCGCGAUCCCAAGGACGCCCAACCCCUGCGGGAGAAGCAAAAGGCAUGGCUGGAGAAGAAUUUGGAUGCUGCAAAGAUUCAAGAAGCUGCAAAGUCAGCUCUGGAAAAACACGUCUGGCCAGUGCUGGACUCUCAGGAGCUCCAGGCAUUUCCAGAGGAGGCCCUUCGAGUGGCGACUUAUUCGGCCGUGUCCACAGCGCUGCUGGGCACUGCCGAGCUGGGUGAGGGCGAGCUGGAACGCUUGAUGGCGGCCACGCGGGAGUAUAGCGAGAUGCGGGUGAAGGGCAAAUUCGGGCGUGGCUCAGGGGACGAACUGCCGCCUGGCGCAGCAGAGAUCAAAGAGAUCGUGGAGGCGGCCAUUGCUCGCUCCAGCCGUGAAGAUGUGGUGCUGCCGUUGAUGGUUGCGGCCUCCGUCGGCGGCGCGGAGAUCUUCCCCACCUUGCUCCAUUGGAUGUUGAUCUUCUUCGCCUCCCAUCCAACGGAGCAGGCGGCUGCUGCCUCGGCUGCGAAGAGCAAUGACCGAGAGCAGCUACUGAAAGCCAUCUAUGGAGCUCUCCGCAGCCGCGCCUAUUCGGUGGCCUUGGGGCCUCCUCGGAAGGUCCUGGCUGAUGCAGUGGUGGAGGAUAUGCUGAUCCCCGAGGGAGCGUUGCUUUUCGCCAUGCACCCUGCGGUGGUGGACGAUGCACUGGGAAGGACGCAGCUUGCGCCGGAGGACGACUUCCAGAGCUACGCUUUCGGCGUUGGCCCCCGCAGCUGCCUGGGGAAGCCGGUGGCCGAAGCGAUCCUCCCCGCGGUGCUGGGCGCAAUCCUGCAACGUUACGAGUUGGGCGGUGGAGUGGAGCUGAAGGAUGUGGAAGGUGAAGUGAAGGGACAGCUGAUUCGCCCCAAAGCCUCCCCAAAGAUGCGCUGGCAGCGGCGGGACGGCGCCUGA